UUUUUUUUUUUCAUUUUGCUCUUAAACUCCUUCCAUAUCUCUUUCCAAGCGCUUUCACCAACAUGGAUUUCAAUGGAAAAUAUUUGCAGGAGAGCCAAGAAAAUUAUGAAGCGUUUCGGGAAGCAAUCGGACUCCCUCAGUCAAAAACAGACCAUAAAGUUGUAACAGAGGUGGUUCAGAAUGGUAAAACAUUCACCUGGACCCAGCUCACCCCCGACUGGACCUGGACCAACACAUUCACUGUAGGUGAGGAGUGUGAGCUGCAGACAAUGACAGGCAUCAAGUUUAAGGCCCCUGUCAGUAUGGAUAACAACGUCAUUUCAGCACAGUUUCCUACGUAUCACUUCUCAGCAACAAUUGAAGGAAAUAAGUUAGUAAUGAUCUGCAAAACUCCUGGAGAGAAAGGUGUGACCUUCAGAAGAGAAAGCAAGAAGAUAUGACACUACAAGACCCAACAUGUUCCAGUAGAAACAAAGCUGCAAGACAAAAAAAGAAAAAAGAACCUGAAAAGUCAUGUUCAUGGAUUGUGUAACUCAUGAAAUGAUGCAAUCAUGUAAUGCAAGCAAGUGGAAUAUCGGAAUUAUUCUCAGAAUACUAGGUUCCAACUGUCAUAUGAAUGAAUGAAUGAAAGUUUUUCAGUUUUUGUUUUUUGUUUAUCGAUUUUGUUUUGGGGUUUGUGCAUGGCGCAUUUGUGUUUGAAAUCUUAGUUCAAUGAUUACAUUUUGUAGCAGUUAUCAUGGGUGUAUGUAUAUUUUUAUAUACAUAUGUAUACAUUUUUUUCUCUUUUGGUUAAAGGGAUGGGCGUUUAGAAGCUUUUGCUUCUGCCCACACCCUUUCGGACACAUGGGCGCGUUGUUGGAUUGUUUUCGUUGUGAGGUACAAAUUUUUCAAAGUUUUAUGUAGAUUAUCCCUGAAAGGUGCUGUUUUGCUGCCAGAACAAAGAUGAUGAAUCACCUCUUAAAAAAUGAUUUCAUAUUUUUUUAAUUCAUUUUAGAACAGCGGAAACAACUCAAUAUGCUCUCAAAAUGUUGCCAAAUUUGUCAGCUUCAGUCAGAAUACUGUUAAUGGUGUGUAGAGCACAAAACAAACAGUCUGUAAAGUAAAAAAACACUAAGUGGUGCUAUAAAUAGACUUUGUAAAAAAAACAACUUCUAAAAAAUUCUGAUCCAUCAAUCGUACAUCAGAACCCUUUGCACUGCUGCGAUCAGGGGAUUAACUCUUUCCAGUGG